GUGAAAAAUGUAGGAUUCACGGGGGUUUUCAGGUUGAUCUUCAAACCUCUUGUUGAUGAGUUCCCUUGCUUUGGUGCACUCUCUUAUUCACUGCGAGAGAAGAAAGGGCUUGAUUUUACACUUAAGGUUAUUGGUGGUGAGUUAACAUCGAUUCCAGGGAUUUCAGAUGCAAUCGAAGAAACUAUUCUUGACGCUAUUGAAGACAGCAUAACAUGGCCCGUUAGAAAAAUUAUACCUAUAUUACCAGGAGAUUACAGUGAUCUUGAGUUGAAACCUGUUGGAACAUUGGAUGUGAAGAUUGUGCAAGCAAAAGACUUAUCUAAUAAAGACUUGAUUGGAAAAUCUGAUCCUUACGCUGUUGUAUUCAUUCGUCCAUUGCCUAACAAAACAAAGAAGACCAAAACCAUUAGUAACUCGUUGAACCCGAUAUGGAAUGAACAUUUUGAGUUCGUUGUGGAAGAUGUAUCAACUCAACAUUUGACAGUAAGAGUGUUUGAUGACGAAGGAGUCGGGUCUUCUCAGCUUAUAGGAGCUGCUCAAGUACCGUUAAGUGAACUUGAGCCCGGGAAAGUAAAAGAUAUUUGGUUGAAGUUAGUCAAGGAUUUAGUGGUCCAAAGGGAUACAAAAAAUCGUGGUCAGGUGCAACUGGAGCUCCUAUAUUGUCCCUUAGGCAAAGAAAGCGGAUACAAGAACCCGUUUAACAAGAACUUCUCAUUGACCAUUUUAGAGAAGGUACUUAAACCGGAAAGCGAGGAUUCAGAUGCUACGGAUGUGAAAAGCUCGCAAAGCCCGAAGAAAAAAGAUGUGAUUGUGAGAGGAGUGUUGUCUGUGACAGUGGUCUCUGCUGAAGACUUACCAGCUGUAGAUUUUAUGGGGAAAGCAGAUCCAUUUGUUGUAAUCACGUUGAAGAAAUCGGAAGCAAAAUCCAAGACUAGGGUUGUACCGGAUAGCUUGAAUCCGGUUUGGAACCAGACAUUUGAUUUUGUGGUGGAAGAUGCUUUGCAUGAUCUCUUAAUUCUUGAAGUAUGGGACCAUGACAAAUUUGGCAAGGAUAAAAUAGGGAGAGUGAUAAUGACAUUGACAAGAGUGAUGUUAGAAGGAGAGUUUCAAGAGUGGUAUGCGUUAGACGGAGCUAAAUCAGGGAAGCUUUGUAUCCAUCUCAAAUGGACUCCAAGGCUUAAGCUCAGAGACGACUCUUGAUUCUACUCUCAGCACAAUGGCACAUUACUUUUUAAUUGUCCUUUCUUUACUUUUUCUUUUGUGUAGUGUGUGCUGAUUACUGACGUUUGUCAUCCUUCCUUCCUUGCCAGAGAAGUAAUAUAAAUUUUAGUAAUAAACACACUUUUAGUUUUGUUCAUAUUAUUGAAAAUUUACUGCAUUGGG